UCACUCCCAACGCUGUCGUUAUGUUAAAAUAUUAUUUUUAAUUUCAUACGAAUGCUUAAUGUGAGAUUGCGUCGUGACUUUGAUUGUUAUUUCAUUUCCAUUCUGGUUUAAGAGCUCGGCGUGUGCAGAGUAUAGAAUAAUCUUCCGAAUCAAUUGGAGACUAUAAUUCAAGAUGAAGGGUUUCUACGUGCUGUGUUUUGCACUGUUCGCUGCUGUCUACUGUAAAGAGACAUACAGCUCGGAAAAUGACGAUCUGGAUAUUGAAGCUUUGGUGGGAAAUAUUGAUUCUCUGAAGGCCUUUAUUGGAUGCUUCUUAGAAACAUCCCCUUGCGAUGCUGUUUCCGGGGAUUUCAAAAAGGACAUUCCUGAAGCUGUGGCAGAAGCAUGUGGCAAAUGUACUCCAGCCCAGAAACAUCUAUUCAAACGUUUCCUUGAAGUCGUCAAGGACAAGCUACCUCAAGAAUACGAAGCCUUCAAAACUAAAUACGAUCCCCAAGGAAAGCAUUUCGAUGCUCUGUUAUCCGCCGUCGCUAAUUCUUAAGGAAAUCAAUUUUUAAUCUUCCCCGCUGUUUUGAAUUUGCUCGCCGAUAUGAAUAAUUUGUACCUUAAUUAAAUUUGUU